ACCAAGAAAUCCGACGCCUAUGUUGCAAAGCCAAAGCCUGCUAUCAAGAAGGUUAAAGUUGUCAAUAGAGGCUCAGAGAUCAAGCAGAUGACAGCCACCGCCGAAGCAGCUAGGAAAUCCGCAACAUCUUCCAAGCAGUCUUCCAGUCUCAAUCCGAUCCCGCAAAGGCCUUCUGACUGGACUCACAACGCACAUAGUUCUGGUCGGAUACUGAUUCGAAAGAAUGCGGCCUCAAGAAUAAUACAGCGCAAUGAUGCGGUUGGCAAGACCGAAGCUCCAAUCUCACAGCCCAAGGCCAAAAAGAUCGCAACUGAGAAGAAGGAUGGACUAUACAAUGCUUCUUCACAGCGCAAGUCUGCGUUGCCUGGACUCGAUACAGUUGCCACAGCAGCUACAACAACCAAGCAGUCUGUCCCUUCCGAAUGCCUUACGCUCCAGCGUAUGGGCAACAAGGCAAUCAGAUCCCUCGAGGAGCCAGUAUCCGUGCCAAGGACCCACAAGCCCUCUAACGCACCCACCGCCUGCUCAACAGAAAACGUCAAGGCUGCAGAGCCAACCAAGAACGACAAACUACACACAGUUGACACAGAAAACCGGACGCAAACACAAACACAAAGUUCAGAGAGCAAGCCAUCUUCUCUGAAAGAUGAGGUUGGCGGUUGUGGCGAGCCUGACUCACGUGCGAGCAGUGAAGACAAAUUCCUGGGCAAGGAAAAGGGGGUCGAGGACAAGCGAAACGGGAAGCGCAAGCACAAAUAUGUUGAGGCUGAGGGCACGCCAAACAAGAAGGUCCAACUUUCAGGGCAGUGA